AUGAAUCACAGCAAUAGCUCUUCUGGAAUUACCAUGUUUAUAGAAUUGUUAAAUGGAUUGGGAAAGUUAUUUAAUGAUUCAUCCAAACAUUCAAUUGCCAAUUCGAAUUCACAUAAUCAUGUCUUGUAUUAUGAAUCACUCACUGAAAAUGAUUAUUAUGAAGCAUUGAAUCAUGUUCCAUCCAAUCUUGACGAUUCCGACAUGAAAAUAGUGUUAAAAAAAUUAUAUUCGACCAAUCAUCCAGAAAUUCUCAGAUUUUUGUGUGGAAUUGCACAAUUAGUGGUCGUUUCAACACUUGGUAAAAUUGCAUCUGCGAUUUUACAAUCCAAAAUUCCAUUGCAACCCAAAGACGUUCGAGGUAGUUGGACGGUUGAGUUUAGAAGAUAUGAAGAAGGUGCAGAUCCACAUGGAUGUUCGUUUGGAAUUCUUCAUCAGAGAACAGAUUGUAUCAUGAAGAAGGAAAGUCCUUCAAUUUUGAAACCAGUGUAUAAUUUCCAAUGGCAAAUUGAAAUCAAAUUCAAAACCAUUGCAAUUAGCUCAGUAGAUGUUGUCACUGUGAGAUUGUUAAAUAUUGAUUGGAUUUGUGAUCCAACUUUGAAAAUUAGUGACACUGAAAAAGAAGAAUUAAUUGGCAUUUGUAAAAAGUUCUUCUCAUUCGAUCGAGCGAACAACAAAUUGCAUGAAUUCGAUCAGACAUGUUUAGUACCCUCUGGAAAAGUACUCGUAGAAUGUUCUCACAAGUGUGACGAUUCUAUACUUUCCGCUAAUACUUCUGACAAAGAUGCAACCACUCCAAGAGGAAGUGAAAAACACACACCAACCAUUGCGACCACUCCAACCAUCGUUAGUAAUGAUAAGAAUUCCAAGCAACACAAAAGAUCAAAUGAAAUGGGUUGGUUAAAGAAAUUAUUAAUGAGCUCUUCGACCUCAUCGGAAGAAAUAUUUGAAACUCUGUCGAGUUAUAAACAACAAGAACCCUCUCCAAGCACACCAAGAAAGUGA